AAAUCUAGAAACCCAUUGACAUGUGCUUGCAUCUAUGAUAAUCCACGGCAAUUUGUAUUUUAAUGUGUAACCUAUGGAUGUGAGAAUUUGUGAUUGGUGUCAGUGUCAUCAUGGGUUCGAAAUAUUCUUUAGUUUGGCAGUUACUUUAUCGCAUACAGGAUGUACAUGUUACUAUUGUUAAUGUAUUAUAUGGCUUGUACAGUGCAUUGUGUUAUAUAUUGACCUGGUGCGUUGAUCGAUGUUUAAGUUGUGUUGGAUUAUCUUCGUCUCCUUUUACAAAGUACUUUGAGAGUAAAUAUGGUCAAUUACAUCCUCAAUUUUACGAAGGUUCAUUUCAAUCGGUGAAGGCUAACGCAUUUCACAAUGGAAAGCUUUUGGCUAUAUAUCUCCAUUCCGAUACCACUCGUUUUUCCUCUGAGCAUUUCUUUACAAACGAGUUACUAACUGAGAUAUUGGAUACAAACUACAUUUUAUACGUGAGGUAUGGCAAGGGUCCUGUGAUGCGUCGACUCAUUUAUGAAUUUGGCGUUCAACGCUUGCCUCACAUAUCAAUUAUAGCCAUGCGAAACCUAUCUGACUACACUGUGAUCGCUACACUUGAGGACUUUUCGAGUAUAGACAAUGUGAUAAGUACAAUAGCUUCUGCAGUAGAGAGUCCAUUACGACCACUGAGCAAUGGUGACGGUAAUCUGGAUAAUGAUCGAAACCUCAUAAAUGAGCAAGACGAGGCCCUUAAGCGGGCCAUGGAGGCUGACAUAUCUCGAAUGCGCAUGAAUCAAUUCGAGAGUGCCGUCCAUGUACCAAAUACGAACUGUCGCGAGACGGUAUUGAAGAACCGUGCGGAUACUAUCCGCAGGCGCAAGUCAUUUGCUGAGGAGUUUUCUAGCACUGUUCCUGAUGGUGAUACUAAGAUUAAGGUACGGCUACCUAGUGGUUCUAGUAUUGAAUCUAUAUUUCGUAAGGACGACACCGUCGGUAGGCUCUAUGAAUGGGUUGGCGCCGCUGAGUAUUUUAGCGCCGGAAAGGUUAAAAUACCUUAUGAUUUUGAUAUUUGUACAAUGUUUCCUUCAAAGACAUUGUCUGAUCGCACGCAAACUUUGGAAAGCGCGAAUUUGUGCCCCAACGCAUCGUUGGUGCUCAUUUCUCGUGACGAUUCCGAUGAAGAGUAUAUUUAAACGUUUUAAAAUAAAUUAUU